GCUCGCCGGGCGCCCAGGUGCGCGCACGUGGUCCGGGGCUCGGCAGCUGCAGCGAGCGCGCCCGGGAUGCCCCGCCGCCGCCCGCACCCCGGGGUGCCCCGCCGCCGCCUGCACCCCGCGGCCGUGGCCGCGCUCCUGCUCGCAGUCCUGGAGCAGCCGCCCGCCGGCGCGGCCCCGCUCAACGGAUCCAAGUGGAGCUAUUUGGGUCCCACUGGGGAGAAGAGCUGGUCCAAGAAGUACCCGUCCUGCGGGGGCCUGCUGCAGUCCCCCAUAGACCUGCACUCCGACAUCCUCCUGUACAACGCCAGCCUGGGCCCCCUGCGGCUGCAGGGCUACAACCUGUCUGCACAGGACCAGCUUGUCCUGACCAACGAUGGCCACUCUGUGAGGCUGAUCCUGCCCCCCAGCCUGUCCCUGCACGGGCUCCCAUUCCGCUACAGCGCCUCGCAGCUGCACCUGCACUGGGGGGACCGCAGCAACCCCCGGGGCUCCGAGCACACCAUCGCCGGGGAGCACUUUGCCGCCGAGCUGCACAUCGUCUACUACAAUUCGGACCUGUACCCCAAUGCCAGCGCGGCCAGCGACAAGGCCGAAGGCCUGGCCGUCCUCGCCGUCUUCCUAGAGAUGGGCUCCUUCAAUCCCUCCUAUGACAGGAUCUUCAGUUCCCUUCAGGGUGUAAAGUACAAAGGUCAAGAAAUGCUCGUUCCAGCCUUCGACAUUGAGGAGCUGCUUCCCGAGCGGCCCGACGAGUACUACCGCUACCAGGGCUCCCUGACCACGCCCCCCUGCCACCCCACGGUGCUCUGGACCAUCUUCCGGAACCCCGUGCAGAUCUCCCAGGAGCAGCUGCUGGCCCUGGAGACCGCUCUGUACUGCACCCACAUCGACGACCCAUUGCCCAGGGAAAUGGUCAACAAUUUCCGGCGGGUCCAGAAGUUCGAUGAGAGGCUGGUGUAUGUCUCCUUCCAGCAAGUGCGAGACCUCAGCUACGCGGGACUGAGUGUGGGCGUCAUCCUUUCUGUGGCGCUGGCCGGGAUCCUUGGCAUCUGCGUUGUCCUGGCAGUGUCCGUCUGGCUUUUUCGGAGGAAGAAGAGCAAAAAGGGCGACUACAGCAAAGGGGUCAUUUAUAAACCAGCCAUCAAGAAGGAGAACGAGGCCCAAGCCUGAGGCCUGGCGCUCCAAGCUGCAUCCCAGGAAAGAUUGGAGGGACAUUGCUGUGAGCAUGGUCCACUGUGCCUCCCUGGACAUCGGAGGGUGGGCCACGGGUGUUUGGGGGGGCAAUUUCUCACACUCAGGGCCCUAUAAUUGGGGGAAAUCUCUACUCUGUCCUGUGGCCACGGUCACCCCAGUGUGAUCUGCGGAUGGAAGAAACUUGACCCAAGAGACAGCAUUACGACCCCUCACCUCAGCUUCCUGAGACUAUGCAAUGGUCCUGGGGUCACAACCACACUGCCUGCUGAGGGUCCUGAGGGCUGGAAACAAGAAGCAGAAUUUCCAGGACACGGGGCUGGAGCGAUAGCACAGCGGGUAGGGCGUUUGCCUUGCACGCGGCCGACCCGGGUUCUAAUCCCAGCAUCCCAUAUGGUCCCCUGAGCACCGCCAGGGGUAAUUCCUGAGUGAAGAGCCAGGAAUAACCCCUGUGCAUCAUCGGGUGUGACCCAAAAACAAAAAAAAAAAGAAUUUCCAGGACACUUAGAACCACCCUCAGGUGAACCCCUGGUAAUUCUGCUCCUGCCCAGCUUUUAGGACAGAGUGUGCACACCCUCUGCUUUUGAGACUCAGUUUCUUUCCUCAGGGAAGGGUGGUUGUCAUUCUUGCGUUCACUUCUGCUCUGAUGAUGUCUUUAUUCUGACGUACAACUGGGGGAAAGACUGCCCUGCUCGGGGUCCGUGUGGGAGAGAAAGAAAACAAGAGGCACACGUGGCAUAUACCAGAGGUCUUCCCGAGUCCCGCCCUUUGGGUGAGAGGCACCAAACAGACCGUAAAGAGUGACUAGAAUGUUCUAGAACAAGUUUCCCCUUGGAAUCCUCACGGGGAUCCUAAGUUGUUCACCAGGAGGAGACUGUUUAGUCCAGAGCCCCUGCCCUGCCCAUUAGUUGGGAAGCUCGAUUGUGCUUUCGAUGUUAUCGUCUGGCCCAUCCUUGGGGUGUCCUGCCACUGUCCUCGUGUCGAUGUGUGUUUUGAGAUGACCUUCAAGCCCUGGAAAGAGAAGCAGAAGUGGUAUGUGGUAUGCUGGAGUCAUUUGUCUUUCGGGCUCCGAAUCCACUCCUGUCCCCUGAGCCAAGUCCCUGCUCUGGGCCUGGCACUGGAAACGCCUUCUCGGACAACUUCAGUGUGAGAGGCUCAGACCCUCGACGCCUGUUGUCUGUGGGGGCUGGGCAGGGGAGUGUUGGGGACCCCCAAAUGACAGACUGCUUCAGGGACUGUCUCCCACCCUCUCCCCCGCGUCACAAAGACGUCUUAGAGAAGAUGAGUCCUCCUCGCGCUCCUGCCCAGUGGGGGUCCCGUGUUCUGACAGAGCGGUGCCUUCACCUCACGCCUCGUGGAGACGGCUGACUCCCCACCUCAUCCUGACAGCACGAAUGUCCUCUGGGAACACUGGUUUCCUCAGACCAUCUUUUUCCUUCUCUCCCCUCUGGCUCUUUUCUCUCCCCCUCUCCCCCCGUCAUAGUUUUGUAGUUACACUCUUCCUCUGCCUUAGGGGCCCCUUCACCCCGGGGCCCCCUGCGACUGAGGGGGGGUGAGGCUGUGUGUGCAGCCCGGGCUGGGGCUUUCCUGGGGGCAGUCUGGGGCCCACCGCAAGCUCAAUGCUUAGGGCCAAGCAACGUGAACCCAGGGUGAUGUCUCAGAGACCACCACAGACCCUUCACGGCCACAGGACAUUCUUUUCGGAACUGUCACGCCUUUCCUGGGCUUUCUGUGAAAGAACACAGCAAGCCUAAGGUUUAUUCAUGAUAAAGGGGGAUUUGCUUGCUGCCGGGCCCAGGGGUCCCCCUCAGCUCAGCUCUCAGGAUCUCAUGGUCAAAACUACACUGCACAUUGCUGUGCUGCGUCUCGGGGGGGGUACUGGGCCUUCAAGGCCUCGUUUAGGCUGCUGGCACCAGUGGUCACUAGAAGACAUUCUACUGCCUCCCAGUUAGGAGAGCUGGUGCCAGGGAGAAUGAGAAAACCAGGCGGAGGCUGGGAACAGACCUUCCUCUGCUUCUUCUGACUCUUGAGAGGGCUCCUGCUUCCUAGUGGCUUCUGACGAAAAGAAUCAGAACUUAAAUGUGUUUCUUUAGCAAGGAGCAUUUUCGAUCUUGCUUCAUUGACCAGCAAUCACAUUUCAAGUUCCGGUUAAGUUCUUCUCCCCUUCACUGAACUCUAUGGAGGCCUCCUGGACCUUUGGUCUCUGAACCGUAGAAGAUGGUCACGUAGCCCUUCUGUAUUUAUUGUAAGAAUGAUUGUAAUGAGAGAUACUCUACAUCUGAGAAAUUAUAAAUAAAUUCUGUUUUUU